AAGUCAACUCUUUCUCUCUCUCUCUCUCAUCUUCUUCAACCUCUGCCUCUACCAUGGAUGAACAACUUCAAUUGUAAUCUAAACCUUCAAAAUUUCUCUAAACUCGUCACUGUUAUUCUGAAAUCCUCAGAUUUUUCAAAAGAAACAAAAAAGUAUUGGUUUUUAAGAUGGGUAACGGAAUUACGAAGCUGAGUAAAUGUUUCACCGGCGAAGGAGAAACUCGCCGGAGAAAAGAGAUGAAGAUUAUGGAACCGGAUCCUCUCGACGAAGGUUUAGGCCACUCCUUCUGUUACGUCCGACCCGACCCGACCCGGAUUUCGUCUUCUAAAGUUCACUCAGAGGAAGAUACGACGACGACGACGUUUCGUACGAUCUCCGGUGCAUCAGUGAGCGCAAACGCCGCCACUCCGCUCUCUACCUCUCUCUACGAUCCGUACGGACACAUCGACAGAGCCGCCGCGUUCGAUUGCACGACGUCGUUUUCGUCGAUCCCUUUGCAGCCGAUCCCGAGGAGCUCCGGUCCGAUUGUUCCCGGGUCGGGUCCGUUAGAAAGAGGAUUUCUCUCCGGUCCGAUUGAGAGAGGAUUCAUGUCCGGUCCGCUUGAUGGUUUAGGUUUAUUCUCCGGUCCGCUUGAUAAAAUCGGUCCUGAAUCCGAUCAAUUCCAGCGUAGCUUCUCUCAUGGUUUAGCCACUCGGGUCGGGUCAAGAAAAGAAGCUUUAGUCCGGGUUCUCCGUCGAGCGAUCUCGAAGACGAUUAACCGAGGACAGAACUCGAUCGUGGCUCCGAUUAAAACGGUUAAAGAACCCGAUUGGGUAUUCGGGUCGGAUAAAACCCGGAAUCAGCAGCACCAGCACCACAACCACAACGAGAAUCUCACCGUGAAUAGCUUGAAUUUCAGUAGCGAAGGAAGCCUAGACGACGACGUUUCGCUCGAAAGCCAGAAUCUUCAGUGGGCCCAAGGGAAAGCCGGUGAGGAUCGUGUACACGUCGUCGUAUCGGAAGAACACGGAUGGCUCUUCGUCGGGAUCUACGAUGGAUUCAACGGUCCAGAUGCGCCGGAUUAUCUCCUCUCACAUUUAUACCCAGCUGUUCAUCGUGAGCUCAAGGGAUUGCUAUGGGACGAUCCCAAAAUCGAAUCAAAUCCUCAAGACUCUUCCUUUGGCUGCGUUGAUCAAGACAGUAACAACAAUCCUUGUCCGAGCGGAAACUGCGAUUCGAGCUCGGAGAAAAAGUCAAAGAACGACGAUCGGAAGUCAAGGAAAUGGGAGGAAAGUCAACGACGGUGGAGAUGCGAAUGGGAUCGAGAAAGGCUCGAUCUUGACCGUUUAUUAAAGGAUAAGAUCCAUCGGAGAAGUACCGGGUCGUCGGAUCCGGACUCUUCGGACGUUUUAACGGCUUUAUCAGAAGCUCUAAGGAAGACGGAGGAAGCUUAUCUGGAGAAUGCAGAUAUGAUGCUCGACGAAAAUCCUGAACUAGCUUUGAUGGGUUCUUGUGUUCUGGUGAUGUUGAUGAAAGGUGAAGAUGUUUACUUGAUGAAUGUGGGAGAUAGUAGAGCAGUGCUUGGGCAAAAAGGAGAGACGGAUUAUUGGUUAGGGAAGAUAAGACAAGAUUUGGAACGAAUCAACGAAGAAACGAUGAAUGAUUUCGAUGGUGGUUGCGAAGGAGAACGAGCUAGUUUGGUUCCGAAUUUAUCGGCUUUUCAACUUACUGUUGAUCAUAGCACAAACGUAGAAGAGGAAGUUGAUAGAAUAAGAAAGGAGCAUCCAGAUGAUGCUAGUGCAGUGUCUAAUGAACGAGUUAAAGGUUCAUUGAAGGUCACAAGAGCUUUUGGCGCCGGUUUCCUCAAGCAGCCUAGAUGGAAUAAUGCGCUUCUUGAAAUGUUUCAAAUCGAUUACAAAGGGACGUCUCCUUACAUCAAUUGUUUGCCAUCGCUUUACCAUCAUAGAUUAGGAUCAAAAGACAGGUUUCUGAUUCUAUCAUCUGAUGGUCUCUACCAAUACUUUACAAAUGAAGAAGCGGUUUCAGAGGUCGAGCUAUUCAUCACGUUACAGCCCGAAGGUGACCCGGCUCAACACUUGGUUCAAGAACUUCUUUUCCGUGCUGCCAAGAAAGCUGGUAUGGAUUUUCAUGAACUGCUUGAGAUACCACAAGGGGAACGGAGACGGUACCACGAUGAUGUUUCCAUUGUAGUGAUCUCUUUAGAAGGAAGAAUGUGGAAAUCUUGUGUAUAAAGUUAUAAACAAAAACCAUAUAUGAACAUAGAGAAAAACUCUAAGUGUUGAGUUUGAGUUUAAGUCUUGAACAAAAUGAAACUCAUCGAAUCUAAAACCUCAGAAACUCAGGGGAAGAUUAUGCAGUUAUGUAUUGUAUUAUGUUAAUAAACAGUAAGAAACAAAGUUUUGCCGCUGAUAUAAAA